GUGACGUAACAUGACGCCUGUUAUUGUUAUUUAUGGAUCCUGAACGUGAGGAAAUAAAGUAAAAACCAAACAGCGCGCGCUUUAUCUCAUCUGUCUUCCGCAUUAUCGCGUUAAAAGUCGCCGUUCUCACAAAACUGCAACUCCCACAAUGCAGCGCGUGACGUGGAGUUCCGGGUCGGUGACCAUCAGAGUGCAGCAGCAGGAAGCUGAGUAAACGGGUGGAUGUUGUAACUUCAGUGUUCGGCCGCAGCAGCUGCGCGUGUGGAUGUGAGUCUGCACUGCUGCGAUGCCUCUGGAGGUCAGAUGGCCGUUCCCACAAUGCCCUGCUCUGGCAUGGAGGGUCUCCAGCUCACUCAUCAUGGGCAUGGUGGGCUCCUACUCCUACUUCUGGACCAAGUACAUGAACUGUUUGACGGUCCACAACCACGAGGUUUUGUUGAACCUGAUUGACCAGCGGCCCUCGGACACGCCCCUCAUCACUCUGUCCAAUCACCAGUCUUGUAUGGAUGACCCGCACAUCUGGGGCGUCCUGAAGUUCAGGCAGCUGUGGAACUUCAACAAGAUGCGCUGGACUCCAACAGCUUCUGACAUCUGCUUCACCAAAGAGCUGCACUCCAGAUUCUUCAGCCGGGGAAAGUGUGUUCCCGUCUGCAGAGGUGAUGGUGUUUACCAGAAAGGAAUGGACUUCAUUUUGGAGAGAUUAAACAAAGGAGAGUGGGUGCACAUCUUCCCAGAAGGUAAAAUCAACAUGACUGAGGAGUUCCUGCGGCUGAAGUGGGGUGUGGGUCGGCUGAUAGCAGAAUGCUCCCUGAAUCCCGUCAUCCUGCCGCUGUGGCACGUUGGUCUGAGCGACGUUCUGCCAAAUGUGACGCCCUACAUUCCUCGGACUGGAAAGAGAAUCACCGUCCUCGUGGGGAAACCGUUCAGUGUGAAAGAUCUCGUUGAUUCCCUCCGAGCUGAAAACAAGAGUCAGCUGGAGAUGAGGAAGACUCUGACUGACUUCAUCCAGGAGGAGUUUCGGAGCCUGAAGACUCAGGCCGAAGUCCUCCACGGACAGAUACAGACCAGAUCCUGAACCUCAGCCGUCCCCCUUCUGCCUGCCUGUUUGUUUAUCCUGAACUGAGACCGGAACCAGCAGGACUUCCUGUCACCAGACCUCCACGCCGAGAGGCCGCCGCCGCCUCGUCUCAAGCUGCAGAGCGUUUUUAAGCUGUCGGGAUCAUAAUCAGAGAAAACUGAUGGUCAUAAAAAGACGUUUUUGUACAUUUUGAUGUGAUUCAGUUGAAAAACAGACGUCAUGUUUUUAUAGAAUUUGGUAAACUGAGUUUCUGUGGGUCCGCCGCCACCGCCAGCAGGAGCAGCAGUUCAGAGAACAGAUGCAUGAUGGGUGAUGGAGUUAUGACCUCUGUGAUCCAGAACAGUGAACCAUCUUUAAUGUGUCCACUGUGGACAUGAGAUGUCUUCAUGUUUUCAUAGUUCAACUGCUCAGCUGUGUUCCUGCUGCUACCGUCAUCCCAGCCGGUAUCCAUGGAAACACGUCAGGAAGUGAUGUCCUUCAUGUCUGACGCAGGAGACCAGAGUUCACGUCCCAUCACACACCUCAACACAACCUUCCCUUCACCUGAACCAACUGUUUUUAUCUGUGUAACCCUAGUUUCCAUAGCAACAGUCUUUCCCCAACAGUAAAGGAUCACUCAACAACAUGUCAACAACAUGUCAACAACAUGUCAACAACAUGUCAACAACAUGUCAACAAAUCCAAACCAACAGUGAACUGAUCUACUGACCAGUAUCGUGUUUGUAUCAAAGCUGAUAUAUCUGAUUAAACCACCGCUGCUCUGGGUCACAUGAUCCUUCAUCAUGAAGAGUUUGGUUAGAAACUAAUAACAGCAUCAUGUUUUCAGUCUCCAGAGAGUAGUUCUGUGUACGGCAGACGCUACUGAGCAUGUGCAGGAACGCUGUUCUGUUUACAGAUAAACAACCUCUGACUUUGUUCUACAUUAUAAAUAACUUCAGUAUUGAAUCAGAUAUAUCAGCUUCGAUACACACAUGAUACUUGUUAGUAGAUCAUUGUUGGUUGAACAUCACUAGAAUGAUCAGUUAACAUCCAUAUUCACAGUUCAUGAAGGAAGGGAGGAUUUUAAAGCUGUUGGCGUUGGACGUAAAACGUUGUUCAGUGUAAUCUGGAGUUUUUCAGGAUGGUCCAGGACGGAUGUUCUCGUGUGGCCGUCAGGUUGCAUCAACCUGUGACUGUAACUUUAAAAGCUGCUGUUUGUUGAGUUACUAAACAUUAGUAAGCAGUUUGCUCCUCUGCGUGCACACAUGGAGCCAUAUAGAUUCAUAAUUAGUAAUCUAAUGAAGAAGUUAAUCAGGAUUAAUCAUAUACUGCACGGUUCCAGCAUAAUAUGGACUCAAUGAUCGUUAGAAUAUUAUUUCUUUAUUGAACCAUUUCUAUGUUUUCUCCUUUUAUUCUGUUCUUGCAGCUUGAAAUCUGCUCCUCAGAUUCUCCAUCACAUCACGAUGUGCCGCCUCUGUCAUCUCAUUCACAUCAUUUCUGUAGAGAUUUAUUCUCUUUGGUUCUCUGCCUCUGAACGCUUCCCGAUCAGAUGUAUCGAUGUUUUAUCACAGAGAUCGAUGGCUUUAUGAAGGGAGGAAAGGCCACGUCUGACUGAUCUGUGGUUAUUUUAUAAAGGCCUCACCUUCCUCUGGUGCCGCUCUGUCCCACUUUCUGUGAAUGCCAAUAAAGUUUUGGACUUGUG